GACUUUGGUGUCCAUGGAAACGAGAUCAAACGCGGAAGUGCUGCGUCCAGACCUGCUGCAGGUGUUUUUAGGUGAGUCCACAGGAUGCCCAGGUUCCAGGAGGUGGAGGGAGGCCAGACUUCAACCCCUGGUGGUGGCAGUGGUGAUCUGGUUGCUAAGCGAUACAUCAUCCUGCAGAGUCUGGGCCGAGGGAGUUUUGGUUCAGUUUAUCUGGUGCAGGAUGUCAAAGCUACAGACGGAGAAGAGCUGAAAGUGUUGAAGCAGAUUCCUCUGGGCGACCUCCGACCCGACGAGACGGUCCGAGCCACUCAGGAGGCCCAGCUGCUGUCUCAGCUGCACCACCCGGCCAUCCUCAGCUUCCACCACAGCUUCCUGGAGCGAGACGCCUUCUGCAUCGUCACAGAGUACUGCCAGGAUCGAGAUCUGGACUGUAAGCUGCAGGAGGUGAAGCGAGCUGGCCGGCGCCUUUCCGAGAACCAGGUCGUUGAUUGGCUCAUCCAGCUGCUCCUCGGCCUUCACUACAUGCAUGACAGGCGGAUCCUCCAUCGAGAUCUGAAGGCCAAAAACGUCUUCCUGAAACGAAACCUCAUUAAAAUCGGUGAUUUUGGCGUUUCCUGCCUGCUGAUGGGGUCAUGUGACCUGGCGACCACCUUCACUGGGACUCCGUUCUACAUGAGUCCAGAGGUGCUGAACCACCAGGGCUACGACUCCAAGUCUGACGUCUGGGCUCUGGGCUGCCUCCUCUAUGAGAUGUGCUGUCUGACUCACGCCUUCCAGGGGCCCAACUUCAUGUCUGUGUUGAUGAGGAUCGUGGAGGGAGAAACCCCGACGCUGCCCUCCACAUACUCUGCAGACCUGAACUCUGUCAUGCAGAGGAUGCUACAGAAACAACCUUCAUGUAGACCGACAGCGGCUGAGAUUCUGAGGAGCAGAUUCAUGGAAGAAAACAUGCAGAAGAUGAAGGACAGGUUUGUCUUUGUGUCAUCUGGAGGAGACAAAGAUGCUGAACUCAUCGCUAAGAACAUGCAGACGAAGGUUCACCUGCAGACGCUGAUUGAUCGGUCAGAGUUGGAGAAGAUGACACCCAGAGAGAGAAUGAGGCUCCGUAAACUGCAGGCUGCUGACGAGAAGGCCAAGAGACUCAGGAAACUGGCCGAGGAAAAAUAUGAGGAGAUUCACACCUGCAGGAGAGAACUGAGGAGCCGCCAUUUUGAAAAAGUCAGUCUGGACGUUCUGAAUGGGGACAGAGAGGGCGGAGCCUGUCAGAGCUGGCCAAUCAGCAGCCAGGAUCACCAGAGUGCUGGCAGAUUGCAGUCGAUCCAGAAGCAGGAUGAGUCAGAGGAAGAGCCUCCAGGAAUCCCAGAGGACCCUCAAGCUGCUGAAGUUUAUUACAACCAGGAUGGAUUCGACUCGUGUUCGGAGGACGAGGAGUCGCCUGCAGAGACUCUUUACCUGUCCGACCCACAGGUCAGUGAGCUGGAGGCCAUGAUGAAGCACAUGCAGGAAGUUCUAGAAGAGGAUCUGAGCGGAGACCCAGCAGAGCCAGAGGCCCCUCAGAGCCCACAGGGGCCCCUAAUGAUCAACAGGAGCCUGCUUCAGACCAAAAUCCAGCUCCUGAGAGAGUCCAUCAGUCGACGUCUGGGCUCGGAGGUUUUCCAGAAGCUCUACGAGAACCUGAAGGAGGCCAGAGGGCAGCGAGGGGACGCCGAUGGAGAGGACGAAGCUGUGAAGCUGCUGGACGAGCCUAAUGGUGGAUUCCAGGUGGACCAGCUGCUGUUUUAUGAGGAGGAGCUGCAGAGACUGAAGAAGCAGAACACUUUCACAGAAGUUCAACAUCAAAUCGGGCAUAAAAACACCUGAAUCUGUGUCAGAAGACGGAGCAGGUUGGUCUGUUGAAGUCCAGUAACUUCCACAUCCAGAACCGACUCCACAGUCCAGAUAUGAGUGAGGCUGAUCAGUGGUAAUGAGACCAAACCCUCCACUGCGUCUUUUUAAAGCCUGAACCCCACCGGGCUCUGCAGGGCCGCGGGCUUGUUUAAAUUAACUCACACCUCUGAUAGUUAAUGGAAAUAUAACUCAGCAGCAGAACCAACAGCGUUAGGAAAAUAUGAUCACAGCCCUGAGGGAGCUCAUGAUUCACUUUUCCUUUUUCCCCUGAAUCCAGCGAAGACGAGGCUGAAAUGAAAAGUUUUAUUUUUACUCCGUCUGUGUGAGUCUGCCUGUGAAACGUGAAGCAGAAGCCGCCUGAUGCGACUCCUGACGGCGAGCCGAAGCUUCCAGCUGUGUUGUUCUGUUCCUGCCACAGUUUGUUGUGCAGCGAUCAGCCUUUUAUCACAGCGCAGCUUCUUUGUUGCAGCUCCACACAAAUCCUGUUACGUUAUCAGGUGUAACAUCGAGGUCGCACACACGAUUUCUGCCGGCUUGAUCUGCACACGGCGGAUUUAGAAACGCACCGAAGCUCUGCUGCCUUCACCAAUACCUGGAUUCCAUCAGUCUCAGCUCGGUGGGACGUUUACAGGCGUUUACUGACAUGAAGCUGCAUUAGUCAGACGUCAGACACACUCGGCUUACUGUCAACUCACAGCUGACAAAGUGGAGUUCAGCAAAACACAUGUGACUGUUUUCUGCUUCUUUUCAGAAAUAGUUGUAUGUUUGAAUGUUUAGAGCUCAAAACGUUGGUAAAAUGGAAUCUGCAGAACGUUGUAUAGAUUAUACGAUGGGUUCCCUCAAUAACGUCCCCAAAACAUCCUCAGAACAUUAAAGGUAGAACGUUCCUUUUUUGUAAAAGUCUUAUAUAGAACUUUCUGUCAUUGGAGAGCCAACAUUUUUUGUUUGUAAUUGUCAUGGAAACAUCUUGGAAAAGAAUGUUCUAUAAUGUGUUUCCUCAACAAACCCCAGAAAUGUCCUCAGAACAUUGCAGGAAGAAUAUUACAUCUCUGUUGUAUCACAUAGCAAGAAUAUUUUAUACAAAGCAUCUGAGGCCUUGAUAACAUUUGGAAAACUGUAGAACCUAAUCUGUGUUCCUGAGAGAACAUUAUAUUAGCUUUAUAGGAACAUCACUGGAAAUUGAAAUAUUCUUAAGAUGUUCUUUGAACAUUUGAUUGAAAUGUUUUAUUAAAUAAAUUACUUCAACUUUCA